AAUGAAUAUCAGCAACAGCCUUCCAUGGGAGAGAACAAAUCAGCUUCCAGUUGAGGAGGAAAUUAGGAAAAGACGAUGGAAAUGGAUAGAACAUACAUUACGGAAAUCACCAAACUGCAUCUCGAGGCAAUCCUUGACUUGGAAUCCUGAAGGAAAACGGAAAAGAAGAAGGCUAAAGAACACAUUACGUCAGGAAGUAGAAGCAGGUAUGAAAUGGAUGACUAACAACUGGAAAGAGUUAAAAAGGAUUGCCCAGGACAGGGUUGGAUGGAGAGUGCUGGUAGGUGGCCUUUACUGCUUAACAAGGGGUAAAAGGAGUAAGCAAGAUAGAACAUGAUCGGUUUCUAUUGCGCCCUGAGCGGAUUACUUUUUAUUGCCUUUUGG